UGGGCACUGACCACGGCAGGCAGCGAAGGGUCAGGCAAGCUUUGGAGGAGAGAUGCCCGGCAGACAGUCAGAUGAGGAACUGGUGGAGGCAGGGGCUGCUGAACACGUGGCUGAGGAGAACCUAGGGGGCCUCACGGCAGAGGAGCUGCGGCAGGGCCAGGAGGCAGCCCUGGAGCUAGAGGACAUGAUGGCGCUAAGUGCCCAGACCCUGGUCCAAGCCGAGGUGGAUGAGCUCUACCAGCAAGUUCGUCCCCUGGGCCAGGGCCGCUUUGGCCGGGUCCUGCUGGUCACCCAUCGUCAGAAAGGCACUACUCUGGCACUGAAGCAACUCCCAAAGGCCUCCACUUCUCUCCGUGGCUUCCUGUACGAGUUCUGCGUGGGCCUCUCAUUGGGCGCGCAUUCAGCUAUAGUAGCGGCCUACGGCAUUGGCAUCGAGUCAGCUGACUUCUACAGCUUCUUGACGGAGCCUGUCCUGUAUGGGGACCUCAUCACCUUCAUCCAGCCCAAGGUGGGCCUCCCGCAGCAGGCAGUCCAGCGCUGUGCAGCCCAGCUGGCCUCGGCCCUGGAGCACAUUCACUCCCGCGGCCUGGUGUACCGGGAUAUCAAGCCGGAGAACGUGCUGGUGUGUGACCCAGCCUGCCGGCAGGUCAAGCUCACCGACUUCGGCCACACAAGGCCCCGGGGGACUCUGCUGCGCCUGGCAGGGCCACCCAUCCCCUACACGGCCCCUGAGCUCUGCUGCCCCCCGCCCUUCCCCGAAGGCCUGCCCAUCCAACCCGCCCUGGACGCUUGGGCACUGGGGGUCCUGCUCUUCUGCCUCCUCACUGGCUACUUCCCCUGGGACCAGCCCCUGGCUGAGGCUGACCCCUUCUACGAGGACUUCCUCAUGUGGCAGGCGUCCCGCCAACCUGAGGACCGUCCUCAGCCCUGGUUCGGCCUGACGCCUGUGGCAGACAGUCUCCUGUGGGGGCUGCUGGACCCUCACCCCCGGAAGAGGUGCCCCGUGAGCUCCAUUCGGGGCUACCUAGGGCGUCCCUGGAGGCAGCGGGAGGAGGAAGCUGAAGAGGGGGAGGAGGGGGGCGAGGAGGAGGUUGGAGAGUUGGGGGGACAGCCCGAGCCUACCUUGGCUGUGGAAACUCAGGAAGGGAACUGGGUGGGCCCUACCUCCUGA